AGAUCGCAAAGUGACGUCCCAAAAAGUUGUUUUGUCAUUGCUCGUGAGUCGCCGAAAAAGUUGCAUUGUCCGCACGAAUUUGAGGCCAAAACCCCGCCGGAAUCUGUGAGAACCUGUUCCGACCGACCGAGGAAACUAACCCGCAACCAGGAUGCCGUCGGAAACGAGCGUCACCAAGGUGAUUGUGCACCCGCUGGUGCUGCUGAGCGUGGUGGACCACUUUAACCGGAUGGGCAAGAUCGGGAACCAGAAGCGCGUCGUCGGAGUGCUGCUCGGCUGCUGGAGGGCCAAGGGCGUGCUGGACGUGUCGAACAGCUUUGCCGUUCCGUUCGACGAGGACGACAAGGACAAAUCGGUGUGGUUCCUGGACCACGACUACCUGGAAAACAUGUACGGCAUGUUCAAGAAGGUGAACGCCCGCGAGCGCGUCGUCGGCUGGUACCACACGGGCCCGAAGCUGUGCCAGAACGACAUCGCCAUCAACGAGCUGAUCCGGCGCUACUGCCCCAACUCGGUGCUCGUCAUAAUCGACGCCAAGCCGAAGGAUCUGGGUCUGCCGACGGAGGCGUACAUCGCGGUGGAGGAGGUGCAUGACGACGGCAGUCCCACGUCCAAGACCUUUGAGCACGUACCGAGCGAGAUUGGCGCGGAGGAAGCGGAAGAGGUGGGCGUGGAGCACCUGCUGCGGGACAUUAAGGACACGACGGUCGGAAGUUUGUCGCAGAAGAUCACCAACCAGCUGCUCGGGCUGAAGGGACUGAACUCACAGCUGCGCGAAAUCAAGAACUACCUGCUGAAGGUCGGCAACGGGCAGCUGCCGGUGAACCACCAGAUCGUGUACCAGCUGCAGGACAUCCUGAACCUGCUGCCGGACAUUGCCCAGGAGAACUUUACCGACACGCUGUACGUGAAGACGAACGACCAGAUGUUGGUGGUUUAUCUGGCCUCGCUGGUGCGGUCCAUCAUCGCGUUGCACAACCUGAUCAACAACAAGCUCACGAAUCGGGACGCGGAAGAGGGCAAAAAGGGCGACGACGGAAAGGACAAGAAGAAGGAGGGAAAGGACGGCGAGAAGGAGGACAAGGAUAAGAAAAAGGACGACAAGAAGGAGGAGAAAGAGAAGAAGUAGAGAGAGAGUGUCUGUGGCUAGAGGAGUUGCUUUUUGGCUGCAAAUCAAGUGUAACGUUUAUUAAUUACAUACGAAUCGUAUAAAUACUAAUACUAAUUCUCAAA